GCUCAAUCUGAAUGGCGUUGACGGGCAUCGCUCCCAUUGGUCGCGUCAGCUUACUUCGUCUUCCACUCUUCGCCAUUGCUGCUACUGCUACUCCUUCUCGGAGCUCUCCUUUUUUCAGAGCUACCUCCCUCUUCACUAGAAAACUGUCAACUUCCUUUGCCAUGGAUGGUUCAAAGAUUAGUGCCGUUGUUGACGAGCUUCCAGCUGGGGUUGAUCCAGAAACUGAGGGAGAAUAUGCUGAGCAGUCCAAAUUACUUCAAGAAUUCACAACAAUUCCUAACAUUGACAAAGCAUGGAUGUUUAAGUCUGACAGUGGAGACUCCGUGGCAACGUUUUCAAUUAGCCAAGCAAGUCUUCUAUCAAAUAAGAGGAGAAAGUAUACUUUGUCAGCUCAUAUUUCUAAGGGAAACGGCGACAGUUCCGUGAACUUUAAAUGGGCUCCAUUUCCUGUUGAAAUGAUUGGAGUCUCUACAAUAGUGCCAUCGCCAUCAGGCUCAAAACUUCUUACAGUUCGUAAUUCUGAAAAUGAUUCUCCAGUUAAAUUGGAAAUUUGGAGUGCAGGUCAAAUCGAAAAGGAGUUUCACAUCCCUCAAUCUGUUCAUGGCUCAAUAUAUACUGAUGGAUGGUUUGAAGGAAUCUCUUGGAACUCUAAUGAAACUUAUAUUGCUUAUAUUGCGGAAGAACCUUCUCCCUCCAAGCCAACUUUUACUGUUUCUGGAUAUCAAAAAGGUUGCUCAACAAAUAAGGAUUCUACCAACUGGAAAGCUCAAGGGGAUUUUGAGGAAGAAUGGGGGGAAGCUUAUGCAGGUAAAAGGCAGCCUGCUCUCUUUGUCAUCAACAUUGACAGCGGAGAGGUAAGGCAUGUGAAAUUAAUCGAGAAAUAUUUGAGUGUGGGCCAAGUCGUAUGGGCUCCAUCCAUAGGCGUGCAUCAAUAUUUGGUUUUUGCUGGGUGGUCAUCAGAGCCUAGAAAACUUGGUAUGAAGUACUGCUAUAAUCGGCCUUGUGCAUUAUAUGCAGUUAGGGCCCCGGAUUAUGGAUCAGAAGUCGAUGAACAUAAACUCAAAGAUGGAUCGAAGGAGGAUUUUCCCCUCUAUAAUCUAACUCAGAACAUAAGCAGUGCCUUCCUUCCUCGGUUCAGCCCAGAUGGGAAGUUCCUUAUAUUUUUAUCUGCAAACUCUUCUGUGAACACUGGAGCCCAUUCCGCAACAAAUUCUCUUCACAGAAUCAACUGGCCUACCGACGAAAAACUUUGUUUUAAUGAAAAUAUUGUUGACGUGGUUCCUGUGGUGCACUGGGCUGAGGACGACCUCUUUCCUGGCCUCUAUUCACAUGGUUUCCUGAUUAAUCCAUGGCUUUCUGACGGACGUACUGUUAUUAUAUCAUCCAUAUGGCAUAGCAGUGAAGCAAUACUUUCCAUAGAUAUUUUAAGUGGUGAAGUAUCACGCAUCAGUCCAUCCAACUCAAACUUUUCGUGGAAUGUUCUCGCUCUAGAUGGAGACAAUGUUGUUGCUGUUUCUAGCAGCCCAGUAGAUAUUCCUCAACUCAAGUACGGUCGUCUUAUUGAGAAAGAAACUAAGAAUGCUGUAUGGAGUUGGUUAGAUGUAUCAAGUCCUGUCUUUAAAUGCUCUGAGAAGGUUAAAACUCUACUCUCAGCUCUUCAGUUCAGUAUAAUGAAGAUUCCAGUCAAGGAUGUUUCCAACUGCCUGACAAAAGUUACUUUCUUUUCAGGUGCUAGCAAACCUUUUGAAGCUAUCUUUGUGUCUUCCAAGUCCGUCAAAGGGAAUGAGUUGAAUCCAGUUAUUGUUAACCUUCACGGCGGUCCACACUCUACGUCCAUAUCAAGCUUCUCAAAGUCCUCGGCAUUUCUCUCUUCACUAGGAUUCAAUCUUUUGGUUGUGAACUAUAGAGGUUCAUUGGGUUUCGGUGAGGACGCAUUGCAAUCUCUUCCCGGAAAAGUUGGGUCCCAGGAUGUCAAUGAUGUACUUGCAGCUUUAGAUCACAUUAUCGACAAGGGACUUGCUAAUCCAUCUAAAGUUGCAGUUCUAGGUGGUUCUCAUGGAGGUUUUUUGACAACUCAUUUGAUUGGCCAGGCACCAGAUAGAUUUGUGGCAGCUGCUGCAAGAAAUCCUGUGUGUAACCUUGCUUUAAUGGUUGGCACAUCAGAUAUUCCUGAUUGGUGUUAUGUGGAAUGUUACGGAAGGGAGGGGAAGAAUUACUUCACGGAAGCACCAUCUGCUGAGCACCAAAUCGAGUUAUACAACAAAUCUCCCAUUCUACAUGUCUCAAAAGUUAAAGCACCCACCAUUUUUCUUUUAGGUGCUAAAGAUCUUCGUGUUCCAUUUUCAAAUGGAUUGCAAUUUGCACGAGCGUUGAAGGAGAAAGGAGUUGAGGUCAAAGUGAUCAUGUUUCCAGAUGAUAUUCAUCCCAUUGACAGGCCACAAUCGGAUUUUGAAAGCUUCCUCAACAUUGGUGUGUGGUUCAAGAAGUACUGCAAGUGAGUGGCAUUUCCUUCCUCUGUCGUUCGCCUUGAUCUUCAAACAAAGAAUUCUGUACUCUCGUUCAUGAUAUAAAGCCACUCAUUCUUAAUAAAAUGACUAUAUGUUUACCCUUUUUAUCAUUUCAACCUUCAAAAUAGUGGUAUACAUUCCUAUUGGUUUUUGGUUGCCCAAA